UCCAUUUUUCUUGUUUCCCCCAAUUUUCUUGUUUCACCUUCUCAUUUAUAUUUCCAUGCCCCCCAUCCCCUGAAACCCCAAUUAUUUUCAUCUCAAAAAAUGCCCCCAAUCAAAUCCCCCCUCCAGAUCCUCAUCUCGCUCCUCCUCCUUCUCUUCCUAAUCCCACUAACCACCUCCGAAAUCCACUCAACCCAUAUCCAAUCCGACACCCGCUCCACAAUCCCCAUUUCCGAAUUCGGGUUCACCCAUACCGGCCGUCUCCACCUCAACUUAACCCAUAUCCAAUUCUCCCCACCCGAACCCGACCUUUCCCGAAUCGGGUUUUUCCUCUGUACCCGUGACUCAAUUGUCAACGUCAUCCAACAACUUCAAUCCAAUCAAAUUUCUUGCCCACUUGAUUCAACCGCUGUAAAAACAAUUUUCACUUUUAACCAUCUUAAACCCACUACAACUACCCCUUCAUACGACGUCGUUUUCAAUAUUACUGAUGCUAAUCAAUUUACCCUCGUUUUCGCUAACUGUGAAAAUGGUAAAUUUAAAGUUUCUGUUGAUGUUGUUUCUGUUAUGUAUAAUCUUGAUGUGAAAAAUAAUUACCGCCGUGAUUAUUUGUCUGCUGGUAAAACAAAUUUACCCCUUAUAUAUUUCUUGUUUUUUUUGAUGUAUGUGUUGCUAUGUGGAAUAUGGGUUUAUGUUCUUUACAUUAGGAAAUCGUCGGUUUUUCGGAUUCAUGUUUUUAUGUUGGCUGUAUUGAUACUAAAAGGAUUGAACUUGUUGUGUGAAACCGAGGAUAAAUCAUAUAUUAAGAAAACCGGGACGGCUCAUGGUUGGGAUGUUUUGUUUUAUAUAUUUAGUUUCUUGAAAGGGAUUACAUUGUUUACUUUGAUUGUUUUGAUUGGGACGGGUUGGUCGUUUUUGAAACCGUAUUUACAAGAUAGGGAAAAGAAGGUUUUGAUGAUAGUUAUUCCGUUACAAGUUGUUGCGAACGUUGCACAAGUGGUGAUUGAUGAGACGGGUCCAUUUGGGGAGGACUCGUAUACGUGGAGGCAAGUGUUUUUGUUGGUGGAUAUAGUUUGUUGUUGUGCGGUUUUGUUUCCGAUUAUUUGGUCUAUUAAGAAUUUGAGGGAAGCUGCGAUGACUGAUGGGAAGGCGGCUGUGAAUUUGAUGAAGUUGACGUUGUUUAGGCAGUACUAUGUUGUCGUGAUAUGUUAUAUAUAUUUCACAAGGGUGGCGGUUUAUGUGUUGGAGACGAUUACGUCUUAUAAGUAUGCGUGGACGAGUGUGUUGGCGGCUGAAAUGGCUACAUUGGCGUUUUAUGUGUUUACGGGAUAUAAUUUUAGGCCAAAGGCUCAUAACCCUUACUUUGCGAUUGAUGAUGAAGAAGAGGAAGCUGCUGUCGAGAUUUUGAAGUAUGAAGAUGAAUUUGAAUUGUGAGGUUUGUUUCAAACUAUUUUAGAUCUUGUUCAUCGUACUCUUUACUUGUAAGUAUCAUCUAUAGUAAUUAUGUGCAACAAAAGUUUUGAAAAGAUCUAUAUUGAUGAAUUUUAUAUGAUAAAUAGCUACUGUGGUGCAAGUUUGUAAUUUUGGUUCCGAGUAAUGUGUAGUUAUGUAACUAUUGAGAUAUCAUGAAAUGGGAUCUGAAUAAAUUGCGUAAUUAUAGUGUCCGAGAUUACUUAAGAUAAAA